ACAGCACCAUGCUGUGCCCAGCCUGCCGACACGCCUGGUUCCACCGGGCCUGCAUCCAGGAACAGGCCCUGCGCGCAGGAAUUUAUUCCUUCCAGUGCCCCCUCUGCAGAGACCGGGUCAGGUUUAUUACAGACAUGCGCCUUCUGGGGAUCCGAAUCCCAAUCAGAGAACCAGCGUGGGAGGACAACGAUGCCUACGCAUCUCUACUGGAGAGGCACGGGAGCUGCGAUGCCAGCCACUGCCUUUACCCACACGGCAGGGAGCAGGCAGAGGGAGAGGGGUGAGUUACCUCUGCGUGGGAUUGCAGCCUCACAGCCUGGGGGAGCACACACCGAGCACCAGAGCUGUGCCGG